GUAUAGUUAAGUGGUCACACUUAGGCUAAACUUAAAUGUUAGGUAAUGUUAAAUUUGCCUAGAUUGUAAUGUCAGUAAAGAGACAAUUAAGAAAAAGGAAGCAGAUAUCCGAAUCCAAGAACAAGGGUUUUUUAGUUUUAUUUGUUAUUACGCUUAGAAAUAAGAUCUAUAGGAAUUCGUUUAUAGAAUAAAUAUGGAAAACCUUUUUUAAGUUAUGAAACUGGCUGUAAUUGAAAUCUGUCAUUGGGACAUUGGUAUUUCUCAUUACCAUACCAUGUCCAGUGAUGAUUUCCAAGUGCAAGACGUCUACAGAUAUUCUAGGAAGUCAUAUAAAAACCAUCACACAAAUAAUAUACAUUACUCAGAAAAUCGAAGAGAAAAUGACUUAGAAUCGCCCAGAAGUGAUAUUUUAAGAGUUCCUGACGCGCGCUGCAGCAGUUGCGACGAUUCUGAAGGAGAAAUAGCCAAUAUUUUGCAUAAAAAAUGUCCUGUUAUUGCAUUAGCUCAGCAGCAGCUGCAAAAAAUAUUAGAUGAAACUGACAAGUUGUUGUGUGACAAUACACAAUGUUGCAGAUCUAUCUAUGAUUUUGUGGAUAUAUGCAGAGAUGCACUCAGAAACCAAAACCGAUGCGUAUGCUUUUUAGUUUUUCUUAUAAUUGCUUCAUUUUUCAUGGGUCUAAUUUUUGGUGCUGCUUCGUGCGGUACAUAUCAACGAAAAUUUAACAGUCCUAUUCUUUCAUGUAUUGAUAAUUACUUUAUAACUGAAAGAUAUAAUCAAGAUGAUUUAACUAGGCUUAUUGUUUGAAGCAGCUAUAUUGAUAUGUUUUACUAAGAUU